AAGUCCUACUCUGAUCUAUAGAUACAGUCUGUCUGUACAGAAUUCUCUCUCUCUCUCUCUCUCACACACAUCAAUCAUCAUGCCAUCUAGACUACCACUUUCUCCACCACCACCACCACUACCACCGCCACCGGACCACCACCAACUCCGCCUUGCUCCACCGCUAACCGUCGCUUUCUCUCUCCUCAUAGCCCUAACCUUCUGCUUCCGAAAAUUCACUACACGCAAACGCACCGUUCCUUCCGUCUCUAAACCGCCGUACAAGUUUUCCUACACCGCCUUACGCACCGCCACCGCCUCCUUCUCCGCCUCCAACCGCCUCGGUCAAGGAGGUUUCGGUUCCGUUUACCGCGGAACCCUAGCUAACAACCAGCAGGUUGCCGUUAAGGUUAUGGACGCCGGUUCUCUUCAAGGCGAACGUGAGUUUCAGAACGAGCUUUUCUUCGGAGGAAAAAUCGAUUCCGAUCGGAUUCUGUCAGUUAUCGGAUUUUGCUCUGAUCGGAAACGACGGCGUAUGGUGCUGGUUUACGAGCUUAUGGUUAACGGUAGCUUACAGGAUUGCUUGUUUCACCGGAAGAGUGUGGAGUUAAAGGAGUGGAAUAAGCGGCUUUCGGUUGCGAUUGAUAUUGCUAAAGGUAUUGAAUAUCUUCAUCAUUAUUGUGAUCCGCCUAUUGUUCAUGGUGAUAUUAAGCCUAGUAAUAUACUGUUAGAUUGUAAUUUCAAUGCGAAGAUUGGGGAUUUUGGUUUAGCUAGGGUAAAACCUGAAGAUGAGUGUAGAGUUGACUUGAAUAGUAAGAUUGAGGAAGGGAAAAAGGUUGGGGGUUUAGUGAUGGAGGAUAAUGGAUCUGUGUUUGAGGAGACUGAGAGUCUGGCAACUACUACAGUGUGUGAGGAGUUUAGUAGUGUGGUUCCUGAUAAUCAAUCACCGGAAAGUUUCGUUACUGUUCCGGUUGUGGAGACGUCUCCAGAGACGGUUACUUUGUCGCCUAGGAUGGGUGCGGUGGGCGAUGCGAGUGUGUCGGAGGGGAAUUUUGAUGCUGUGAGUGUGGAGAGUGGCGGCGGCGGCGGUGGCGGUGGUGGUUUGAAGAAAAGUGGAAUGAGGGCAAAGAGUGUUUCAGGGAAGGAUUGGUGGUGGAAACAAGAGAAUAAGAGUUUGUCGGAUUCGGGGCGUGUGAAGGAUUAUGUGAUGGAGUGGAUUGGGAGUGAGAUUAAGAAGGAGAGGCCGAAGACGGAUUGGAUUGCAACCGCGGCUUCAUCCAGUGGAGCUCAGACGGUAAAGUCGGAAAAGAAGAAGCAGAAGAAGCGACUGGAUUGGUGGAUUUCGUUGGAUGAUGAAAAGAAUUUGAAGAAACAGAAGAGGAGACCGGCUAGAGAAUGGUGGAAGGAGGAAUACUGUGGCGAACUAGAAAGAAAGAAAAAGAAGAACAAGAAGAAACAAGAGAAAGAAUUAAGUAAUCAUAACAUUAACAAUGAUGAAUGGUGGCCAAAAGAUGACGGAUCGUAUGUAGAAAGAAAGAAGAAAAGAAGUAGAAGCAGAGGGGGUAGCAGAGGUAGUGUCGAUUGGUGGUUGGACGGAUUCAGUGGUGAGCUCUGGCGUGCACGCCACAAUAGUCAUGAUUCCAUUAGCGGUGAUAUACCCAAAAGUGGCGGUAUCAGUAGCACGCCUAGCAUGAGGGGAACUGUUUGUUACAUUGCCCCAGAGUAUUCAAGCGGUGGUGAUCUUUCAGAAAAAUGUGAUGUUUAUAGCUUUGGGGUUCUACUUUUAGUUCUGAUUGCUGGACGAAGGCCACUUCAAGUGACUGCAUCACCCAUGUCGGAAUUUCAACGAGCAAAUCUUCUAUCGUGGGCCCGCCAUCUUGCUCGUGCAGGAAAGCUUCUAGAUCUUGUGGAUCAGUCAAUUCAGUGUUUAGAUAGAGAGCAAGCUCUUGUUUGUAUAAAAGUAGCACUUCUCUGCCUGCAAAAAUCCCCUGCACUUCGGCCUUCUAUGAAAGAAGUAGUGGCAAUGCUUUCUGGUGAUCUAGAGCCACCGCCGCUGCCAGUGGAAUAUUCUCAAUCUCGUCAUAAGUCCCAUAGGAAAGGUCGGUUAGCGUCCUAAUGUGUUGAAAAUCAGUUUUCAUUGAACAGUUGUAUACAUAUGUAGGUGACAGAUUGAUUGUUGGAGCAUAUUUGUAGAUUUUUUAAAGCGAGAAAUGAAAUUUACAUGUUCAAAAUGACUU